CAGUUGGCCGGUUUCUUUGGUUUUCUGCCCAUCUCCAACGUCUCUCUUUGUAAACUCCGCUAACCUACACAGCCCGUGCAUUAUAAUAGACCCGGCGCAUGCACUCCCUCCUAAAUCGCCACCGCCCUCCUAUCCUCCGCACUACCGCCUUCUGCUCCUCUGGUUCGCUCGCUCUCUCCUCAACCGCCACCAUGGCCACUUUCUCCCUCGCUCUUACUUCUGUUUCUCCCAGGAAGCUUUCCUUCUUCGAUUCUAUUAAGAGCUGUAAUGGGAACGGAAUCCGGAUCAGGAAUCUCAACCGAUCUAGGGUUUUCAUGAGCGUUUCGGUUGGAUCUCAAACUGUUGUUGAUGAUGCCUUAUUCGCUGACUAUAAACCCAACUGCGCUUUCUUGUUUCCCGGUCAGGGUGCGCAAGCGAUUGGAAUGGGGAAGGAGGCUCAAAGCGUGCCUGCUGCUGCAGAUUUGUACAAGAAAGCUAAUGAUGUUCUUGGAUUUGAUCUUCUUGAUGUUUGUGCCAAUGGACCAAAAGAGAAACUAGAUUCAACUGUUAUAAGCCAGCCUGCUAUCUAUGUCACAAGCCUUGCUGCAGUCGAGGUUCUCCGUGCUCGUGAUGGUGGUCAGCAGAUAAUUGAUUCAGUUGAUGUCACAUGUGGUCUCAGCCUAGGGGAAUAUACAGCGCUAGCAUUUGCUGGAGCCUUUAGCUUUGAGGAUGGACUCAAGCUGGUUAAACUAAGGGGGCAAGCGAUGCAGGAAGCUUCUGACGCUGCAAAAAGUGCCAUGGUAAGUGUCGUUGGACUGGAUUCGGAGAAGGUUCAGCUAUUAUGUAAUGCAGCCAAUGAAGAGGUUGAUGAAGCUAAUAAAGUUCAGAUUGCAAAUUACCUAUGCCCUGGCAAUUACGCGGUUUCUGGUGGUGUCAAAGGAAUUGAAGCAGUAGAAGCUAAGGCAAAGUCAUUUAAAGCCAGAAUGACGGUGCGCCUAGCUGUUGCUGGAGCUUUCCAUACUAGUUUCAUGGAACCUGCUGUAUCAAGAUUGGAAGCUGCAUUGGCAGCCACAGUGAUCAAACCUCCAAGAAUUCCUGUUAUAUCUAAUGUUGAUGCGCAACCACAUGCAGAUCCUAAUAUAAUCAAGAAGAUAUUGGCACGUCAGGUGACGUCUCCUGUCCAAUGGGAAACAACAGUGAAGACUCUCCUUUCUAGAGGGCUGAAGAAUGGUUAUGAAUUAGGACCUGGAAAGGUUAUAGCUGGCAUUCUGAAGAGAAUUGACAAAGGUGCUAGCAUUGAGAAUAUUGGUGCUUGAGGUAGUGAGUCGUGACCAAUGCUGUUUUGAGUGGUUCGCCUUGAAGUUUAGAGUACCGGUUUUUUCUUAGAGAUUUGGUUGAUUUUAGUCUUGGACCUUAAUUGAUUUGUAUUGAUAGCUUAUCUGUAGAUGUAUUGCCAGCAUGUUGUGGAGGGCUAUUCAAGUAUAAAACAGGGAAUGAGCUGUCUCUGAUCUACUGUUCUUGAAAUCCAGAUUUAGCAGUGAUGAGAGCAAUUACCUAGUUAUAGAUUUGAUUUCAAUUUUUAUGCUAUGUCAAGGACGAAGUUGUUAAUUGUACUAUAAUGUAAACUCGA